AUGAAAGAAUUCGAACAAGCAGCAGACUUAUACGAGCCGUUAGAUUCCUCAGCUUCUGAUCCUGGAUUAUUGAGAAAACAUUCUUCUCAAAGAUCUUACACUGCCGCUGGAUUUGUAUACCCAUCAAUAAGGACUUUCUAUCAUCCUCACCCACAGGCCGACAAGCUCCCGACUAAGCCUACGCCACUCCCGCUUCUGGUGUUUGUUCAUGGUCUUGGAGGAAGUGCUGCUCAGUUCGCACCGCUCUUGACCGGGCUGAUCAACGCCGCGCCAUGUCUUGCUAUCGACCUUCCUGGAUGUGGCUUGUCUGACUUUCUCCCUGAAACACGAGAAGCAUACAAGUCAGAAGCUUUGGCUGCCUUGAUCGCCGAAGCCAUCACCCAACAUAGAGACGCUGAAAAUGGUCAGAAAGUUGUUCUGAUAGGUCACAGCAUGGGAUGUUCCCUUUCGACACUGCUAGCAUCAUCAACAUCGCCAUUGUCUCGUCUCAUCUCAGAGCACAUCAUUGGUUUCAUCGCUAUCUGCCCUCGCGCUGAGACCCUGACUGCGAGCCAAGUGGCGCGUCUACAGCACAUGCGUUACAUGCCCAUUCCUCUAUUCGAAGUCUUCCGCUGGUGGGACAGACGAGGAGGUGCUGAGAGCGCCAGUGUUUCUCGCUAUGCUGGCAAAGACGCAGACGCAGAGACCAAACGACUGCAACUACGUUUCAACGAGCAAAGCAAAUCCGAAGUCUUCAUGGCCAUGGCCCUCGGGUCCAUGCCAAAAUACGAGAACGAUAAGCCCGUCGGAGGAUUGCCUGGAGAAGCUGUCUGGUCUGGUCUCCGAAUUCCCACAUUCUGCAUUGGCGGAGAACAGGAUCAUGUUACCCCGCCUGAGAAUGUUGAGUUGAUUGCUAAGUGGCUAGGACGUCAAGUACCGAGAGAGCAAACGGUCACCACAGACGACGCCUUACCUAGUUCUGCUGGUGAGAUGGCCAUCAUCGACAACACUCCAAUCGAAGAAAAUGGCAAAAGCUUCGUCCCCGAGUUCACUGCAACUGGCCAGGAUCUGACGUCCGAAAGUCGACAAGACAGUGCGACACCAGAUCUCACAAAGAAGCCGAAGUUCGUUCUCAAGACCACAGUACUGCCGCAACCUGCUUCUCAUGCCUUGCUGUACGCGACUUCGACUGUGCGCGUCCUCUCAGGCUUGAUUCAGUCUUUUGCCGCCACACACAUCGAUCACCGAUUGUCUCUCGGUUGGCAACUGCAACAUCUGAGCACUGAAGGCAAAUGGGACGUGAAGAAUCUCCAGAAGUGGCAAGCCAUCAACCCUGUUUCGGAGCCCAUCGCUGGCAUUUUUCGAGCACAGAAGACGUUACGCGAAAUCGACGAAGAACAUACACCACGUGUGUACGUCAAGAAAUGGGGUGCCAGAAGCGGUAUCAAGCAUGGUGUCCGCAUGGUAGUUGACAUUAGUCACGAAAGUCCUGUCUACGAUCCCAAAGGACUCGAAGAAGGUGGAAUCGAGUACCACAAGUUCCCUACGGUCAGCAAACUGCCGCCAACUGUGGAAGAGGUCGCUGCAUUCAUAUCUCUCAUAGAUACUUUGCGAGAGCAGCUCAAGAAGCCAGAGGAACCGGAAGGAGCUGUGAUAGCUGUACACUGUCACUAUGGCUUCAACAGAACUGGCUUCUUCUUGGUCAGCUACAUGGUAGAGAGGUUGGGAUGGAGACUACAAGAUGCGCUGGAAGAAUUCGCAGAAAAGAGAGCACCAGGCAUUAGGCACGAGCAUUUCGUGAAUGAGCUCUUUGUGCGUUACAUGACCUUUUCACCGUCGACAACCCCCUUCACAACCGCCAAAAUGCCCGGUGUCUCCGUUCGCGAUGUCCCCGCCGACAAGUUCAUCCAGAACUACGCUUCCUUCUUGAAGAGACAGGGAAAGCUCGCCGUUCCCGGUUGGGUCGACACUGUCAAGACUGGUACCGCCAAGGAGCUUCCUCCCCAGAACGUUGACUGGUACUACGUCCGCGCCGCUGCCGUCGCCCGUCACAUCUACAUGCGCAAGACCGUCGGUGUUGGCCGUCUGCGCAAGGUCCACGGUUCCCCCAAGAACCGCGGCUCCCGCCCCAGCCGUCACGUUGACGCCUCCGGCUCCGUUGACCGCAAGGUCUGCCAGUCCCUCGAGAAGAUCGGUGUUCUUGAGAUCGACGAGGAGAAGGGUGGCCGCCGCAUCACCCAGUCCGGCCAGCGUGACUUGGACCGUAUCGCCAUGUCCACCCUUGAGGCCGAGCAGGAGGAGGAUGACGAGUAA